GUAAAAUUAUAGACCAGACCGGGAAUUGUUUUGACAACACUUCGACGUUCGUCCGUACAGUUUCGUGUUUACUUUACGAUACCGACAACAUGGAUGCCAACAAGGCAGAAAAAUUAGCCGCGGCAAAGAAAAAAUUGAAGCAGUUUCAACAAAAAGGUGGAUCCAAAGGAGCUACUACAAAUGGGGGUCAACUGCAGUUACCUCAUCAGAGUGAAAUUGAUCAAUCCGCAUCUGUAAUUCCGGUUCCCAAUAAUCUUAACACAGAACGUGAAGAGCUAAAGAUUGAUUCUGAAAUCCUAUGCAAAGAGCCCAAUAGUUUUGAUAAAAAUAGGGAAUCUGAAUUGCUGCAGAUAAUUGAAACCUUGACAAGAGAAAAGAAUGACAUCUCUUCAUCUCUCAAGUAUUCAAAAGAUUUUAUUGGAGAAUUGCAACUUCAAUUGGAUGAGGAGAGAAACUUACUCACAGAAGAGAAAGAGAAAUCAAAAGAAACACUACAAGUCAUCUCAGCCCAAACUAUACGAGAAGAAGAAUUAAAAAAUACUGUUUCUAUUUUAAUAGAAGAAAAAAAUGAACUGGCAGUAAGGUUUUCCCAAAGUAAAGAGGCAGUGAAAAAACUGGAAGAAGAGAAUAUGUUUCAGAAAAAGGAGCUUGAUGCUACUAAAUCCUCAUUUUUGCAACUACAAGCUUCUACUACAGAGGAAACUGGAAAGAUAGAGUCAAACUUAGUUGCAUUAACAAAGCAACUUGAAUCAAUUAGCCAAGAACUGUGUCUGAAAAAUCAGCUUUACAGUGAGGUUAGUGAAGAACUCAAACAAUUUCAAAUGCAUCACAACAAUCAAGCAGCUGAAAUCAAUCAAAGAGAUUCCAUUAUCAAGGAACUCAAUCUUCAAGUGGAAUUACUCAAUGUCAAUAUGCAGCAGUUGAAAAACGCGGGUCCACCAACUGUUGAUCAAACCCUUGAAAAAAUGCAAAAGGAAAACGGAAAACUCCAAGAAGAAAUCGGUGAUCUACGAGAACAGAUAAAAACGCUCGGAAUAGAGAAAGACGUACUAGCCCAACAGUAUCAACAGUAUAUUCUUCGACUUAACGGACAGAUACGCACGAUUAGUUCACAGGCAGAGUCGCUGGCUUUAGAAAAAAGAAAUAUAGAAGCUACUCUAGAGUCCAAAAAAGAUGAGUUGGCUGAAUUAGAAGCAGUCAUUGCUGUUCUUAAGAACAAUCAAGAAACUGCGUCUUCAUCUCAGCCUCCCCAUGAAAUGAUUACGCCUGCCGAGUCGCAUCUCGUACCACAAUCUGAAUCGGAAAUCGCCAUGUUGAAAAUAAAGAUAACUGAAAUGGAGUUCAAUAACGAAGAACUAGUUAAACUGGCACUAGAAAAGGAAUCGCGAAUUCAAGAACUUGAAAUCCGCAUUGAUCGCAUUCAAAGUGAAUUGACCAUUGCAACGGCUAAUCAAGAUCAAUGUGAAAGAGAGAAACUUCUGCAAGCUAUGCAAAGUGAUAAGUCCGCAGCCUCUCGCGCUAUUUCACAGAAUCGCCAGUUGAAAAUGCAACUCGAAGAACUUGAAAAAGCUUUCAUUCAGCUGAGUAACGACAAACUAAUACUUACUGAAGAAUCGCAGAUGAUGAUUCGUCAGAAUAAAGAGAUGAAUGAAAAAUUGCAGAUUUUAGAUCCAGAGGUUACUCAAUUAAGGCAACAGGUGGAAGACUUGUCCGGUCAAAGAAACGCGACAAUCUAUUGGAAGCAGGAGUUAGAAGAAGCUCAUGAAAGAAUUCAGGCGCUUUCGCAUCAAAAUGCUGAACUAAAAAAACGAGUAAUCUGGAAUUUGAAUCAAGCUCCAGUUCGAGGUAGCCGGAAACACCGCCAUGAUCACGAAGACGUUAACGAAGACCAUUCACAUUCCUCAUCCGAAAGCGAAGGAGAAUCUGACUGGGUGCCUAAUGAAGUACACCAAAAACUUCUUUUUCAUUACGAACAAAUCGAACAGCAACUCAAACGUUCAAUGGCUACUGUAUCUGAUUUGACAGAAGAAAAAAAGAAACUAGAUCACUUGGUUCUACAGCUGCAGAGUGAAACAGAAACUAUUGGUGAAUAUGUCAGUCUGUAUCAAGUGCAGCGUGGACUGCUGAGUAGACGAGCUGAGCAGUUGACGGCUGAACGUCAGAAACUAAAGGAACGGAUAACGAAAUUAACAGUUCUCUUACCUUACUUGGCUCCGCAGUUGAAAAAGUUUCCUCAGUGGCUUCAACUACAGCCCGAGUCUGAACCUAUAGCCAAUUGUGAAGAUGGAUUAAUCAUAGUUGGUACCAACGACCCGGAUGUAGAAAAUCCAGUGGAAAAAUCGCUGGAUUAUGUUGCUUCCAGGAUUGUUGAUGUUUUACUGGAAAUUACAGAUUGUAGUUUAUCGACAACAGAAAUUGCUACACAACCGGAUACUUUUCCUUUGGAGCAGUUAAGCCGCAAGACUGACGAAAAUUUCCACCCUUGUUGGCCUAUGUAUUCAGGAAGAAUUAUCAAUAUUUAAAAAAUUCCAUUCCCAUUGUGCCUUUGCAACUAUGAUAUGAAUAACUAUUCCAUUAAAUACAUCAUAAGAACAUUUCUUGAA